GUAUGUUUCAUUAUUAAAUAUGAUGUAAGUAGGCAGUGGUGAGUUUUAUUUCUGUCAUGUAGAAUGAGAAUGAAAAGCUAAAACUUGUAUGCUAUCAUCAUCAAAUCCUUCUGUUGUAACCACCUUCCUAUUCUUCCUCCUCCUCAUCCUUCCUCCCCGUUAUAGUCUUCUGAUGCCAUGACUGUAUGAGAACAGCGGGCACCCACUUGCUGGUUAUCCAUUGAGAUUAUUUGAAGUGUGUGCAUAAAAAAAAAACAGUGACUAGUUUCUAUAUACCUAGGACUACAUAAGCUAAUAUACCUAGGACUACAUUAGCUAAUAUGCCCUUCUUUUAUUUAAGGCCGACUAUGAUGAGAGAGAGAUAUGUAGUUGCUAUUUCUAGCAAACUCAGCGACCAUGUAAAAAAGUUUUAAUAAGUGACGCUAAUAAUGGUGAUAGGAAGAGUAAGACAGAAAGAGUGUGAAACAGAGAGAGAAAGGCAGAGAAAGAAUCAGAGAGUAGAAGAGAAAGGUGAAAGAUAGACAGAGAAAGAAAGGAAGUAUAAAUGACAAUGGGGGGAUAGAGUGAAACUGUCAGCAGGGAGUGUCUAAACAAAUAUAAAAGAGGAUGAUGUCAUCAAGUACAAUACAUCGUCGUGACGAGCUGCGUAUUCCAUUCACUCAAGAAAGUAGCGGUUGCCAAUAGUCAGCAUCUCUAAGAUCAUGGACUUCAAACAGUAUAUUAUAUAUUCCAUCAUUUCCGUGGCAGUUGCAGAAGCAAUAAAAUCCGCCGUGCAUGAUGAACAUCAUAAUCGAAAUAAAAUCGAAGGUUCCCAAACUGGUGGUGAAAUAGAAACUGUUACAACUAGUGGUGGAUUUUAUACAGCUCUCAGACCUGGUGGUGAAAGAGAAACUGUUACAACUAGUGGUGGAUUUUAUACAACUCUCAGACCUGGUGGUGAAAGAGAAACUGUUACAACUAGUGGUGGAUGUUAUACAACUCUCAGACCUGAUACAAAAACAACCAUCAUUGCCUUGUCUGUUGGCCUCGUCAUUCUUGUCAUUGCCGUCAUUAUUAUAAUUUGUGUCUUCAAACGUAAGUGUCGUAAGAAAUGCCAGGAACCUACGGAUGUAUAAGAAUGUUGGCCAAAAUUCUUUUAAAUUUUCUGUAAAGUUAUCAUUCAGCUUCAAAAAAAAAAAAAAUCUUCAAUUAUAAUUUCAAAAAAUAUGUACUGUAAAUCAAUACUUUGAGUAAUAUAUACCGUAAAUCCUCGAGUACAAUCCGCAUUUCCCCCCUGAAAUUUAAAGGUCAAAAUCCCUAGUGUGUACUAUAUCUGAGGCUAAAAAUGAUAAAUAUUUUCUAAGCAAUGUCCAAGUCUCUAUUUGCUGUCCGGCAAUGUUUAUUCAGACGCAUUUUGUGAUAUCAGGUGCUAAAAUACUUUAAGCUAAGCCUGCAAGCAAUGAAGUCAUAAAAGAAUCCUCCAUAACUUGCAGUAAGCAACAUUUAUUAAAAUAAAAGUAUUCAGAACACAGAAUAACAUGUAACAAAAACAAUUUGCAAACAUAUUUACAUUCCCAUAUAACAGUUAAGAACAUCACCAUUAUUGUAUUACGCAUGCACGGAAGCAUUUGUUUGACUAGAUGCUGCCGGCUUAAUUACGCACGACUCAAAUUAGAGAUGGGGUGUGUAUUAUACACAAGGUUUAGGUUUUUCAGAAGUACAGCCCCCUAAAAAUCCCCUGCGUAUUAUACUCAAGGAUUUACGGUAUGUAAAUAAAUUUUUGAUUUGUACAAUAAAGACAAAACUGCAUUAAUA